AUGCUUUCGCGCCUAAGCAGAGGUUCGACAUACGAGAAAGAGAUUUUCCUUACUAGUAAUUUUGAUUUGAAUAGGAAACAAGAAUGGCUUUGGUAUCUGAAAGAAGUGACAACAUCAACUUCGUUCCGCGACUACUGGAUUAGCCAGCACCAGGGAGAGGAUAUCUUUGGCGAGGAGAGUGAUGAUGUAGCUGAUUUGUUGCCCGAUUCCAUUGACCUCGGUGUUGAUGAGGAUAUCCUCAAUAUGGAAGCUCAGUUUGAGGAAUUUCUCCAGUCUUCCGAGUCUGGACAGGGGAAUUUCUCGGCUUUCAAGGAAAUGCCUGAAAAUGGUUUAGGAAAGGAUGCAGAGGCAUUGAUCAAGAGAUUGAACAUAUCGAAAGAGAGGGAUCCCAGGUCUCCGAGGGAACUAGCUGCGAAGUACUGGGAGAAGCCAGCCAAGCACAUUAGCCCAAAAUGCAGCCCCCGUUUUAUCCAGCAGCCUCGUUGA